CAGGUUCAGUUCCAGCUGAUAGCUCAGUUUGAAUUUGAUUUUGAACGCCUAAGCAUCAACAUGCGUUGCAAGUACCUGAUUUUAAUCUGCUGCUACAUAAGCAGCGUCUGGGCCUUUAGUGACGAGGCCAUAUUUGAGGAUGAGGACAUCUACAAUCAAGCGCUGCCGCCAACGCCUCACACAGGCAUCACUGCGCCCGGCACAAAGUGGUGCGGACCUGGCAAUACUGCAGCCAACUAUGAUGAUUUGGGUCGGGAGCGUGAAACGGAUAAAUGUUGUAGAGCACACGACCACUGCGAGGAAAUCAUGGAGUCGCAUAAGUCAUUGCAUGGCUUGCCCAACAAUACGGACUGGUUUCCCAUAUUGAAAUGCAGCUGCGAGCAGCAGUUCAUCAAUUGCCUGCAGGCGGUGAACACAAUGACCUCCAAUACCUUGGGACGCGUCUACUAUGCCACGCGCAGCAAGUGCUUUGCCUUGGGUCAUCCCACGACAAGCUGCAAGCAAUACCAGGAGGGCACGUUUCGCAAGCGUUGCAUACGCUAUACGGUGAACAAGUCGACGGCCAAGCUGUGGCAGCUUUAUGACAUGCCCUUUUAUACAACGGGAGUUGCAGCAAGGGUCUGACCCUCAGAACUUUAAAUAUCGUCAAGUUUAAAUAUAUUUUGCAUACUCAAUAUUUAGUAAACAAAUGGCAUGCUAAGCU